CUUCUGAAGCAACUGUGGAAAGCUGAUACCUGUCCUGCCUCUUUCAAGGGAUAAAGAUCAGGAUAACCCAGCAAAAACUUGUUCUUUAACAUACAUCAGGAGGACCUCGACUCCUAAAUAGAGUGCCUGGAUGAGACCCACCAUGGCACAGGCUUGUCAGCCUUCAUUCCUGUUAGCAGUUUUUGCACUCUAUAUAGCCUUCUUCAUAGCCAGAGUUGAAGGUGCAUCGUGUCCCGCUGCCAGGAUUAAUGCUUCCGAAGUUUGUGAAGAUAUAGAGAGAAUUGAUGUCAAAAUAUCUGCCAACCUUACUCAUCUCGUUUGUGACAACCUUCAGAAUCUCAGUCAUGUUAAUAGUACCUUUAUAAUUCAAGCCUUGGAAUUCACCCUGAGGAAAAAAUAUGACCUUCCACCCAAUAUAGUGAGAGUUCUUCUAAAUCAAGUAAAUGGGGAAGAGCUGAUCAAUGCCCUGGAGAAAUUUAAUGAAAAGAUUGUGAACUCUUCCCUAAUUUCCAAUCAAGCGAAAACUACCAUAAUGCAAGCUUUGUGGGAUGAGAAGCUAAGAAACGAAGAUCGUUUCAAUGAGACCGCCUUUGUGACUUCCUGGUUCCAGAAAAGACUUUGCCUUUUUAUCUCGGGAAUUUCACCAGAGAUACUCCAGUGUCUUCACAAUGAGACCAUGCAGUGUGAGCAAUACCAGGCAAUUGUUAAAGGAUUAGAUGCAGAAUUUAUGAAGAUGAAUCAUCACAUCCAGUAUGAAGUUUUCCACUCGUUCCAACUUCCUUAUUUAAGGGGAUUGAAUGCUAAUGGAUCAGCUUGCACAAAGGACCUCAACAGCACCUCAUGGCUAUUGGUCAAUUUUGCACGUUUCAGCCAAUAUGCCAAGUAUCAAGAGUUUCUUUCUUUGAAUUCCAAGUUCAGUGGUUUGGUUGUUCUCAAGAAACUAACAGUCAGGCAACUUGCACAGUUUUCUGCCAGUGAUGGAGCUCUGAAGACACCCAAAGAUGUUGAGAGUGUGAUGCAUCUCAUAACAACAGCUACAUUGACAGAAUACAUUAACGAAUUCAGCAGACAGGACAAUGUUAGCCUGCCAAAGGAGGUCCAAGCCAGCCUUCUGGAGCACUUGCUGGUGGCAGCCCAGCCCAUACUUCGAAAGGCAGAUGAUGUGGAGUUGACACACUGGAUGAUGCAAUAUCUCCCAAAAUUGAUAUCAGGAAUAAACAGUUCACUUGUUCCACUCUUAUUUGAGGAUCUGGAGACCAGAAAUUGUUCUGCUGUCAAUGCUGUAGUAACUCUAUUAAAUGGCUCUCUUGGUCAAUUUGGCAAUGCUACCCGACAGAAAGUUUUCGAAGCCAUCCUUAGGGUGAUCUCAGUCUCCUCUCUUCGAUGCUAUGUUUCGCACACCAAUUUUUGGGUGUUUCUAGAAAAGACAUUUCAGGGUUUUGUUGACUUCCUGACUUUGAAGGAUCUGGAAACUUUAAUUCCCUCCUCUGACCUCCCAAAGAUUGUGAAUACUGUUCCGGCAUAUGAUCUAGCUGACCUGUUUUCUAGAGAGGGAUUCAUUGAUGAUGAUCCUUUCUUGACAGCUGUGUUAAAGAUCUAUAAUAAAACUGGCUUAUUUAUUGACAGACUUUACCAGAAAAAUAUUAUUGACAUUCUUCCAAACAGCACCAAGGCAGCUCUUUGGGCUGGGCUGUGGCCCAGUGUGGUUUCUAGCAGCGAAGAGGCUGAGGUGUCCUUGUGGCUGGAUAGACGCUUGGCUGAUUUCUUCAUGUUUCUUAAUGGUGAUAUGUUGAAUGCUAGUGAGACCUUGAACACCAGCUGUGGGACAUUCCAAAAAAUAGUGAACAAACUGAAUGAAAAUAUUGUGAUGUUCAAAGAUAAGGAAGAAGAAAUUUACUUUUCCAUCAAAGCUUAUCUGAUUGCAAGCAAAAGCAGACCACGAUGCUACAAUCCCAGCAAUCCCGAGAGGUCCAAUUGGCUUGUGAUGUAUCUUGGGAACUAUAUUCGUUAUAGCAGUGCCAGAGACAUGCGCUUAUUCACAAACAAGAGUGCUGCCAUAUUUCAAGAUCUUGCUUUUAACCGAGACAACCUGGAGCUGAUCAAUAGAAAUAAAAUCCGUAAAGAUUUGGCAGAAAUGUAUGCUACAGCAUUAUUUACUGUUGAUUCGGAUUUCAAUCUUGACAGCCUUCCAGAUCAACUCGUUUGUUUUGCACAACAUUCAACCUUGAUCUCCCAUCUGAGCCCUGCAGAGGCCUUGAGCUUCAUUGCCCGGGUCAACCACCAUUGCAGUUCUUCCAACCCAUCUGCCUCUGACCGCCAGCUUGCUCAUAUGCUUGUGGCUCAAGUCAAGACAUUUGAUAAACAGACCUUGAUAGCUUUGGGGCAGCAGGCAAUGGGGCUCACCACGGGUCAGAUUUCAAAUCUAACAGCACAAGACCUAGUAGAUCACAAGGUUUUGGAAUCACUCGGCAAGGUCAAAGACUGGAACAGAGGACAAUCCCAGAUUCUGGUAAACAAGAUCCUGUUCAAUUACAAGCUAGACACAGUGGAGAAAUUUGAGCAUCUCGGUACCCUGGCAGAAGGCUUGCCGGGUAACAGUUUUGACACCAUGGUAGCCAGUUCCAUAGUUAAGCUGGCCAAGAAUGUGAGCUUUCAGAGAGCUUUCAGAAAAAGUCCCAAUCAUGUGAAGAAGGCCUUUGUCAGCAAGAUCCUCUCAAACUCCUCUCUUGAUGACAUCUUAAAUAAUGUUCCAGAUGAUUUAAUUGAAUUUGUUCCCAAUUCACUGCUGAUAUUUGGAGGCCAGAUUCCAGAUCUCCACAAAAUCAAUGAGAAACCGUGGUCGCCACAACAGGCAGCAGUCAUAUUUGGAGAUCUCUUCACCAGAAUUGAGAACUACACAAUGCUUUCUCCAUUCAUCUUGCAAGGCUUUCAGUGUGAUGUGGCAAGUAAAUUGAUGCCUGAGCAGCUCUCCUCCUUAGUCCAAGAAGUGAGAUGUAAGAAGGCCAAUUUGAGUGAAGAGCAGCUCUCCUGCAUGGCCCGACUUCUCAUCAAAAGCAACCUGACCACAAACCUCAGCAGCUACCCAGCAGGCGUUCUGCUUUUUUUCCUCAUUAGUAAAGUAGAACAUCAAAGCUGUGAAAUGUUUUACACUUUGGCUUCUCAAGGGAACCUAAGUUUAUUGGCCAAUGGAUCGUCCCAGCGGGCCAGACUUUUGGAGAAUGUGUUGCAUUGUUUUGGAGUAAAAAAUACCUCAUUCAGCAAAGAGCAGCUCCAAAAGCUGGGAGUCUUUGUGUGUGACAUGAAGCCAUCCACCAUCACAGACUCUGACCCUGCAAUCCUGGAGAAUUUGAAAGAGUGUCCAGAUCUCACAGCUGCUCAGAUUACAGCCCUCAGGAUGCUCCUGGCCAGUGGGAACACCUUAUAUGGAUUUCCUGCCUCCUGGGAUGAAUCAACCCUUGAAAACCUUGGGCCUCUUGCUUUCUACAUAAAUCACACUAUCUGGGAUUCCAUUAACAAGGAAGAAAGGAUGAUCUUCUUCAGAAAGGUGAUGGAUGGAUACAACAGCCAAAGAGCUUUUCCAAAGGCAAAAACAAUCCUCUUCUUAAAAUCGAUUGGAUCUAAACCAGCUUCCCCUCCUAGAACUAAACGGGCAACUGAAACUUGUCAGUCUGCUCCCAUCACCAGCAGCAGCCUAGAAGAUCCGCUUUUCAUAAUUCACUACGACAGUGCCCAGCAGUUGGAUGCAUGUCUGAGUGAUGAAGUUGUGAAGGCCAACCUGGCUCUUUUGCUUGAUCAGCCCCUUCCAAAUGACUACUGGGCCAUAGUUAAGAAGAAGUUAGACAAGAGCUACCCUGAUGGGAUUCCAGAAGAUCAGUUGCGACUGCUUGGCUUCCUCUCACGUCAGUACAGUACAGACGAGAUUGGCAGUUGGAACCUCACUUCCAGUGACACCCUGGCUGCUCUUCUGAAUCCAAACGAUGGUGCAUGGGAGAUGCCGCAGCUCAGGCGACUGGUUGCAAGAUAUAUGGAACUGGGAGGCUCACUUACUGGUCCUUUACUGGACAUGCUUGGAGGCAAAUACCUGUGUGUUCUGGAUGAAUAUCAGCUGCAGGAAAUCAACCCAGCUUCCAUUAGGCAUGCUGAGAAAUUAGAUAUUUCUACUUGUGCCCAAGUGAAGAAAGAUAUCCUGUACCAAAAGGCCCACACUGCGUUUGCCGACCAACAAGGAGCACGUGCCUAUUAUCCUCUUAUCCAGCCAUAUCUAGGGGGAGCUCCUGUUGAAGAGCUGAAAAAGCUGGCUAGAUCUCAUGUUGCUAUGGAUAUUGAUACAUUUAUUAAUUUAAAUCCAGAAGAAGUAAAGAAAUUUGAUGUCCAGGAUGUGAAAGAUCUGCUUGGUGUUAAUUUGCCUGACCUGAAAGAAGUUGAAAACCAUCCGUCUGUUGCCAUGUGGAUCAAGAACAAGUUUCAGUCUGAACUGGAUUCCCUUGGAAUUGGCCUGGUUGGAGGCAGGGCAUCUCUGUUCUCCACUUCUAUGGGCAGCACCGUGUCAAGUAUAUCUCUUAGUACAAAAUCUGACGAUGUGUUAACUGCCACCUCCCCUGUUAUCCCGAGCAUGGAAUCAACCUUAUCUGGUCUCGGCCACAUAAAUAUUACUACCCCUAGCAUUAGUUCUGCAACCUCGGAUUUGAACCCAUUCGUUUCUAGAGAUGCUACUGAGUCCUAUUCAACUCCUGUCUUCAAAAUCACUCUCCUAACUAAUGAAAUCUCUCCUUCCAUUAACAAUACCCAAACAACUCUUUCUGAUAGAAUGCCUAAAUAUGCUUUCCCCACAAAUAUAUCUGAUUCAGAUAAUACUAUGGCUGGGACAAGAGUUCCUACAGAUGCAAGAAAUACUCCUGUCCCCACUGAAAUUACAAUAGAUCCCAACAUUGACACAACCAACCGAACAGACUUUCCUAUAAGUGGAAUCCCAGCCUCUUUCAUUGCAAGAGGGAUCAACAUGACGACUUCUAAUGAACAUAUCAUAAAUUCUAGCAAUGCCAAAGCUAAUAGCUCAGCCGCAUCUUCCAUCCCCACAAAGUCCUCUGUUUCAGUCCCAACUGAAAUGGUAAUUCCCUUUUGGAACAUCAGUACUACUUUAAAUGAAACUGGUGGCACACCAGUCCCUACCAUCUCUACCAUUGCCACUGAUUUCAAUAGCAAUCCAGCCAGUAGAAGAAUCCUUCCUUCUGCAUCAACAGACUCUGCCACUGUUCUCCCCACCACUUCCUUAAAUGCCACAGCUGUUUCAGAUGGAACAUUCCAUAGCACUGCAAGAUAUUUCAACACAACCAUCUUCAGUAAACUUUUAACAGAUUCUAACAAUAGCACAGUCAGUGCUCCAGUUGUUACUACCACUCCCUUAGAUCCCACCACUGUUGUUACCUCCAAAACCAGAGCUAUUUCUUAUAAUGUUUCAGUAACUUCAAAUGAUACCAUCAAAGACACUCUUUUCCAUUAUAAUGCAACAAGUAGCAAUGUGAUCCCUUCUGUUGAAACAACAGGAGCUUCUGAUAGCAACACCACAAACAAUGGCACAGCAUUUCCUAGCCCUGUUACAGAUGGACAUGUAACUGCUGGUCUCAAUGUAACUAUUUUUCACUCACCCACUGUUGUCACAAACUUCACUGUUGGUGCGGAUACAACCACAGCCAGAACUUACUUCACCUCUGUCAUGUCCAGUAUAACAAGAACAUCUGAACAGCUUUCAACACCACCUAAGCACACUCUGGCUACAAACCCAGCAUUGUUCAGCAAAAAAACCAUAACAAUUACAGACAAACAGCCAACUGCAUCAAGCAAAAUGACUUUCCAUUCUCAAGAAACCUCUACCAAGACAGCUAUUCCUCCACUAUCCUCCCCAAAUAGAACGACCUCACAGGCGGCUGCAACCAUCCAGAGAAGCAGCAGAGCAGCUCCACCAACAAAACCACCAUCUCACCCAACUCCAAACGGCUACAUUCAUGUGAAACCACUAAGUGGUGUGUAUUUGGGUUUAAUUAUUUCUAAACUUGCCUUGGUUUUAGAGGAGGGUGAAACUUUUCAGAAAAGAAAAUUGAGUAAUUCUGGCAUGAGAUCUGAGAUGAAAUUAAAUAGAUUUUCCUCAGGACCCAGAGGUGCUGUAAUUAGUUUCUAUGCUAUAGAAAUAGCUCUGAAAAACGAGGCUUCCAUUAUUAUUCUGGGAAUAUUAGCUGGGCGAAGAAGUAUUUCAUUAAAAGUUAACUAUACGUCAUCUCUGAGAUUGGCAGAGGAGUCAAAUGGCCAAAGAGGUGUUUCAGUGUUGGCAGGUGCCUCUGACAUACAAGUAAGUAGAAAAGCUUGUUCAUUGUUCACAUUGCCUUCUUGUGGCUGAGCUUGUGUGAGGCCUUGAGGAUGGAUAGCGUUGAAGAUAUAUCCCUUCUGGGAUGGUGCCCUGUACAUAGUCAGCCAGGCGGAAUGCAAAUGCAAUUUUUCACUCAGUUCUCUGUCCCUCGCAUAGUUUGGGGCUCUAACUCUGAAUCAGCAUCGACAGCUGUGGGAACUAACUACGGCAGACCAGGAGUGGUUGACCAACCUCAUAAAGCUAAGCUAAAUCAGAUCAGAUCUAAUUUGGCUUUUAAUGAAAAAUCAAUAGGGAAUAUUAGAGAUGUAGGGUAGAAUGAGUUUUUUUUUAAAUCCCCAAAGAUUAUAAUACUUCCUUAUUGUAGCAUAGAUAACACAUCUUUAGUGGUCAGAU